GAGAAUGCGGCAGAAAGAGGGAGCAGACUGUCAGUGCCCAACUCUGGAAGACAGGAAUACAGACGGAUUCUCUUUCCUUUGUUCUGGCUUUUGUCUGCUUCGUAUUUUUGGCUUUAUUUCUUUCAUCAGUGCACUCCGCUUUACUCUCAGUCUUUCUAUCUCUCUUUCGUUCCAGCUGAAUAUUCUUUCUCUCCCUGCAUUUUUGUUAUUCCUCUGUCCGACAUCCAGACUUCCCACUAUCUAUUUCACUACCACUACCUGAGGGUGACUCUUUCUACUCUGGACUUCUUGUCCCACCGUUCCUAUUUUUCCUCCUCUUUCUCACUUUCUCCGCUCUCUUGGCUUUAAUCUUGCAUCCAUUCGCCUUUUGUAUGGUGUGAGGAUGCCAGUGUUAGAAGGUCUCUGGGGCCCAGAUGUUAGAAUGCGGGAUUCAGGUCUUGGUGUCGGGGUUGAUGUCGGGGUCUGUCCAGAUGAAGCUGCCCACUCACCAGUGUGGGGUCCACUCAGGACUCCUCCUGUCACCUGCGGGGGCCUGUCACUGGCCCUGGAACUCCCUGCUCUCAUACGGCAGCUGCGGGCAGCCUGGAGGGCGCGCAGGGGAGGCCCUCGAGGGUCAGAGAGAAGUGAAGCGAGCACAUGGGUGAAAGCAGAGGAGGAGGGGGAGGAGGUAGAGGAGUUGAAGCAGGACACGGAGAACAGAAGCCCCCACCUGGAAGCUGAUGAUGGCAGACUGAGCACUGGUCAUGCUGGUGUGUUGCUGGCUGAGAGACGAGGUUCAUACCCGCUGAUUGACCUCCGCGUCUUGAAAACCAGUGCCCAGCAGGGGGAGGUCGAGUCCAGCACCAGGAAAAAGCUGAAGCGCCUGCUGAGCUUUCAGCGAUACUGCCACGCCUCCAGACUGCUGAGAGGCCUGAUGCCUCACACCCCCGGGACCCUGCACCUGCUGGACGACGACUACCUAGGACAAGCUGCGCACAUGUUGUCAAAAGUAGGGACUUGGAACUUUGACAUUUUCCUCUUCGAUCGUCUUACAAAUGGAAACAGCCUGGUUACUCUGAUGUGCCAUCUCUUAAAUGUCUACGGGCUCAUUCAUCACUUCCAGCUGGAUAUGGUCAAGCUGCACAGGUUUCUGGGUAUGGUGCAGGAGGACUACCACUCUCAGAAUCCCUAUCACAAUGCUCUUCAUGCAGCAGAUGUCACUCAAGCCAUGUACUGCUACCUGAAGGAGCCCAGGUUGGCAGAGCAGCUGAGCCCUCUGGACGUGUUCCUGGGUCUGAUGGCGGCGGCGGCUCACGAUGUGGACCAUCCUGGAGUCAACCAGCCAUUCCUCAUCAAGACCAGACACCACCUGGCUUCACUCUACCAGAACACAUCUGUGCUGGAGAGUCACCACUGGAGGUCAACCGUGGGCAUGCUGCGAGAGUCAGGGCUGCUGUCUCACCUGCCUGCUGACAUGUCGCAGGACAUAGAGCAGCAGCUGGGAUCUCUCAUUCUCGCCACAGACAUCAGCCGACAGAACGAGUUCCUGUCGACCUUCAGAGAACAUCUGGACAACGAGGAUCUGGAUCUUCAGCUGGCUUCACACAGGCAUUUUAUGCUGCAGAUUGCUCUGAAGUGUGCAGACGUCUGCAACCCAUGUCGGGUUUGGGAGAUGAGCAAACAGUGGAGUGAGAGGGUGUGUGAGGAAUUCUACAGACAGGGUACUUUCCUGAGGAACUGAGGAACAAACAAAAACUGAAGAAUGAAGUUCCAAACAAUCCGGUGAGAUUCAGCGAACACAUUUACGCAAAAAAUGCACAUCUACAUUGGACACGCAACAUUUAAGAUCGCGUUUCAUAUUCUUUUGUGUUCAAUUUUUUAAGUUUUUUUUACAGAAACCGUACACAUUUAGGUCAGACCGACCACAGAUUAUUUUAAAGUGGAUUUUCAUGGGUUCACACUCCACUACAUUCCUGCAUCUGUGCGUCUCUGAGCAGCAGGUGGUUUCCAAGCAGCACUCGGUGUCAUGGAAUGACUAAAGUGCAGACGGCGAGGGGGGGAAAUAAAGGGUUAAUGUCUCAUGCAGCGUUUGUAACUUCUGACACCCACACAUUCACAAACACUCUGCAAACAAAUAUGUACACGAUCAAUACCCAAGAGCAAUAAACUCUCACUCUGUGUCUGUGUGUGAGUGUGUGUGUGUGUGUGUGUGAAAUGUUAAGAUCUCUUAUCUCAACCCCUAUCCAUCUUCUGUCUGACCUAAAGAUACACAACCCCCACCACACCUGUCAAAUUUCACCUGCUCAGUUUGUGUGUGUGUGUGUGUGUUGCCUCAUUAGGAUCAUUUUUUUUGGUACAAACACUUUUUCUAGACUAGAAGAACUCAUGGGGACCAACGCCUGCUCCCAAUGAGGCAGAACCUCAUUUCUGAAGCCAAGAUUAAGGUCGGAUUUGUUUUUUUCCUUUUCUUUUGAGGUUACAUAAUUGUUGGCUGCUUUUGUCAAUUUGCAUUCUGCAAACUUGUAAGACUGUGUGGGCAGAUGAGACGAGCAUGCUUUUAUCAGCUGAAAACGACAUGAUUUGUACGCCGUAUUGUGUCUUUUUUUUCCCCUCCAUGUUUUCUUCAGAUCGCUAUGUGAUCAGCUGCAGGCAGCUUCAGGGCCUUACUGUUCCUUAUCACACGCACACACAGCACUCUAAAGUGUUUUCACCAAAUAUACAGUAUCAGUAGCAUCCUACAUGGUUUCCUGUCUUCUUAACACACGUUGACCUUUGAGCUUUACACACAACGUUUGC